AUGAGUGAACCAACUCCCGUCAUCGAGGGCGUCUUUGGUAAACCAUCAUCGCACAACUUCACGCUUGUCAAUCCACUGACACAAUUCCUCUCCANNGCCGUUCACAAGCCAAUCGCCGUCUCAUCCGCCCAAGCUCUCCGCGAUCUCCAAAAACACCUGAACCCCUCCAAGACAUUCGCUCCCUGGAUUCUAGCCGAAAAGAACAAACGCGAUGCCGAUGUUGCCAAAAACUUUGGCAAGCGUUCGCGCAAACAGAGACAUCCCGUCCAAGUCAAGCUCGGUCACGGCGGAACCCUCGAUCCUUUGGCUACCGGUGUGCUGGUUGUAGGAGUUGGCAGUGGCACUAAAAAGCUGCAAGGUUUCCUCGAUUGCACAAAGGUGUACGAGACUGUUGUUGUCUUUGGCGCCGCAAGUGAUACCUACGACAUCGAGGGCAAGGUGGUCAAGAGAGCUCCUUACCAGCACGUUACCAAGAACAUGGUCGAGGAAGCGCUCCAGAAGUUCCGCGGCGACAUCAUGCAGCGACCACCCAUCUUCUCCGCUCUCAGAGUCCAGGGCAAGAGACUUUACGAAUAUGCCAGAGAAGGCAAGGAGGUUCCUGUCGAGAUCCAAGAACGUGCCGUCACAGUGUCGCAACUGGACAUGGUCGAGUGGUUGGAACCUGGCGCACACAAGUACAAUUGGCCUGAGAAGGAGGCUGAAGAAGAGGAGAAGAAGGCCGUAGACAAGCUGUUGCCUCAAGUCGCUGCUGAGACCCAGGCCACUGCUGGCCAGGAAGCAACACCCGACACCGAGGAUUUGAAGAGANAAAGAAAAGGUUCAGAUGGACCCGAGGCCAAGAAGACGAAGAUCGAUGGUGCAGAGGCAGCUGAUCAAGCACCAACAGUCGACACAGACGCUGUGGCAGCAGAGAGGAAACCAUGUCCAGCACCGGCAGCCCGCAUAAGAAUGACCGUCUCAUCAGGCUUCUACGUCCGCAGUCUAUGUCACGAUUUGGGUGCAGCUGUGGGUUCACUCGGACUCAUGGCCGCAUUGGAGAGAUCGCGGCAAGGUGAGUUUGAGCUGGGCAGAAACGUGCUCGAAUUCGAGGAUUUGGAANAGGGCGAGGAUGUCUGGGGUCCAAAGCUCACAGAUCUGUUGGCGCAAUGGGAGAAGGACCAUCCUGAGGGACAGGGAGGCCAUACCCGCAUCACAGCUAAGAGACAAGGAUCGCCUGCUCCUCCUUCUGCUGCUCCUGCUGCAGACCAAUGA